UCGGUGCCUCUGCACCUCCUACGCGGAAAUGUUAUUAGCAGCGAUGGUUGUAAAUUCGAGCGCUGUGCGAGUUGUUACCUGCGUGAAACAAGGAACGCGACGAGGAUACACGUACACGUAGGAGUAACAAAUUCUUGAUUUCCGUUUAACGAACAUAGUCGGCAGAACCGGUGUCCAGGGUGUCGUUCGCUACUUCCUCGUUCUCUCGUCCCUGCUCGCUACUUUUCGACUGCGCAAAGCAAUUGCGCGCCGUGAGCACGAGCCGCGUGGUCGAACCCUCAAGUUAGUCGUCGCCACGGGCACGGAUCGCGAGAUACUCUUAUUGCCAGGUCACCGAGUUCCGAUUCCGCCGAUUUCGCCGAUCACCUCGGAGGACCGGCUUUAACGAGCCGAUUGUUGUCGCGCGCUCUACGGGACAGUGUGCUUGAAAAUUGUGGUGGCCAUGUGGUGUGCGGGUUUUUUUCCGCGAGUUCGUCGCUGUUACGUUCUGAACGAUGGAUCGGUAGUACCUGGCUGGACCGUGACGGCUUUCUCGUGAAGGAUUUUCUUCGUCGUGGCGUGACGUAGGGACCCUCGCACGCGUCGCUCCAUAUAAGAACGGGAUUAACGACGGAAUGGACGCAAGAAUGGCCUAAUCCAAUGACGUGUGGUCACACAUAUUCGCGUAGCGGAGUGCAUAUAUAACGUAUACCUGGACUGUGGGCAUCGGGCAACGAGGUUCGUUCAACCAGUCAAGGAUAGUCAACCCCGAAUAGGAUUCACGCGACAAGCGAGGGGGGCACGGCAGAGCAAGAUCGAGUGUGGUCGUGAGAAACGAUGAGAGGAUUGGGACGAACCGGGACCGGAGCGGCGCGAUAAUAAUAAUAUGUGGACGACUUGGCCGCGGACGAGGCGCAAGUGGCGGGACUCGAGCUCGUCGCGUGGCGGACACGAGCCUCGUGGCAACCGCGACGGUUUUCGUUUCAUCUACUCGGUGGUGUUGGCGGCUUGCAUGGCAGCGCAGGAAGCGAGGAGCGCCAAGUGUCCGCCGCCCGACACGAUACCUGGCUGCCCUUGUUACAAUUUCGAGGACGGACUGUUCCUGGAAUGUGCCGGGGCCACCGAGGAAUCCCUCAGGACCGCCUUGUCCGGUGUAAUACACGCGACCGAAGGCGAAGGAGCGACAGUUCAAUCGCUGAGCGUUUACGAGCUAGACAGAAGAGUGGAGGAGCUUCGAUCGGUCGCGUUCCCGGCUGGCUCUCAAAUCAGGCAUCUGCAGAUAUCGCACUCGGCGAUCCGCGAGAUAAGCGAGGACGCGUUCAACCGGCUGAGCAAAAGCUUGGAAUCGUUAGCGCUGGUAUUCGGCCGGCUUCCGCACGUGCCGCAGAAGGCGAUGGCGACGCUGAGCUCGUUGAAAGCUCUCGAUUUGGAGGCGAAUCUGGUGCACGAGCUGCCCAGUUACAGCUUCUACGGGCUGUCGCUGAUUAAAUUGAACCUGAAGGGCAAUCAGAUAAUAAAAAUAUCGGAGUACGCGUUCGCCGGUCUGGAAGACACUCUCACGGAUUUGAAUCUAGCGGAGAAUAAAAUCAGAGUGUUCCCGAUGACGUCAUUGAGAAGAUUGGAGCACCUGACCUCGCUGAGGCUCGCGUGGAACGAGGUGUCCGAGCUACCGGAAGACGGAUACUCGAGAUUGGACGCACUAAACUUUCUCGAUCUAACUAGCAACAAUUUCAAAAAGAUACCGCUCAACUGUUUUCGCUGUUGUCCGUCCCUGAAGACUCUGUCCCUCUACUACAACGCGGUCGAGUUCGUCGACAAGGACGCGUUCAUAUCGCUGAUCGAUCUCGAGUCCAUCGAUCUCAGUCACAACAAGAUCGUGUCGCUGGACGUGUCGACGUUCAGAGCGAACCAAAGGCUGAGAUCGAUCGAUCUCAGCAACAAUCACAUACAUUACAUCCGCGGCGUGUUUUCCAAGCUGCCGGAAUUGAAGGAACUGUUCCUCGCAGAGAACAACAUUCUCGAGAUACCGGCCGAGACGUUCGCCGGGAGUACGAGCUUGUCGGUGGUGUACCUUCAGCAGAACGCGAUAAGGAGGAUCGACGCACGCGGACUGGCAACGCUGAGCCAACUGACGCAGCUGCACCUGAGCGGAAACUACAUCGAGAAAGUGCCGCGAGACUUUCUCGAGCACUGCGACAAUCUCUCGACUCUGUCCCUCGACGGGAACAACAUCCGCGAACUGGAGGUGGGAACUUUCGCGAAAGCCAAGUCGUUAAGAGAGCUGCGACUUCAGGACAAUCAAAUUACCGAGGUGAAGCGAGGCGUGUUCGCGCCUCUGCCGUCGCUGUUGGAGCUUCAUCUGCAGAAUAACGCGAUAACGGACAUGGAGACGGGCGCUUUGAGGUCGUUGCACAGCCUCCAGCACGUGAAUCUUCAAGGCAAUCUGCUGGCGGUGUUGGGCGACGUGUUCCAAGUGUCGAACGACGUCGGACAAAAUGGAAACAGCGGCAGCUCGUUGGUCUCCAUUCAGUUGGACAACAACGGCCUCGGCGUUCUGCACAACGACUCUCUGAGAGGGCAAGCGUCGGUGAGGAUCAUGUGGCUCGGUCACAACAGAUUAACCCGGCUGCAGGCUCCUUUAUUCCGGGACCUGUUGCUGGUCGAGCGAUUAUAUCUAACGAAUAAUUCCAUCUCGCGGAUCGAGGACACCGCCUUUCAACCGAUGCAGGCGCUCAAGUUCCUCGAGCUGAGUAUGAACCGUUUGAGCCACGUCACCGUACGAACGUUCUCCGAGUUACACGAGCUCGAGGAACUUUAUCUGCAGGACAACGGGCUGCGUCGCCUGGAUCCCUACGCGUUGACCGCUUUGAAGCGGCUUCGCGUGCUCGAUCUGGCCAACAAUCAUCUGAACGUGCUGCACGACAAGAUCUUCCAAGAGGGUUUGCCAAUCAGGACGUUGAAUCUCAAGAACUGUACCGUCAGCGUGAUCGAGAACGGAGCUUUCCGAGGAUUGAACAACCUCUACGAAUUGAACCUGGAGCACAAUCAUCUCACUGCGUCUACGCUGGAUCGUCUGGACAUACCGGGGCUCAGAGUGUUGAGAAUAUCCUACAACAAUUUCAGUCUGAUCAACGGAAACUCUUUGGACGGACUACCGUCGCUUCAACACCUGGCCAUGGACUCUUCCCAACUGUACCGGAUGCCGCCGGAGAUAUUCUCGAAGAACAAGAAUCUGGGCAAACUUCUGCUGAGCAACAACCUGCUCCGAAUGCUACCCAGCCUGCUUUUCCUCGGCUUGGACUCGCUGAAAGAAGUGAGACUGGACGGCAAUAGAUUUCAAGAGAUCCCGUACGAGGUGUUCGCGAACGCCACCACCGUCGAGUUUCUAUCGUUGGCCAACAACGUGAUCGUGAACGUCGACAUGUCCAAGUUAAACGGUCUGGCCAGUCUGCGGGAAUUAGAUUUGCGCGGUAAUUACAUCAUGACCCUUUCGGGAUUCGCCGGCGUGAACCUCUCUCGGCUGAUAUCCGUAGAUCUGAGUCACAAUCACCUAGCCGCGCUGCCGGCCAACUUCUUCGCCCGGUCUAACUUACUUCGCAAGGUCGAGCUAGCCGCCAAUAAAUUUCAUCAGAUCCCGGCGGUCGCCCUGUCGGCGCACAAUGUGCCCAACUUAACCUGGCUGAACGUCACGGCCAAUCCAUUGGUCAGGAUACACGAGAUUAGUUCGAAAGCGAAGUACCCGGCGCUUCAAGAGAUCCACAUCUCCGGAACGAACUUGACGAUCGUUACCAGCCAGGACUUCGAGGCGUUCCCGGCGUUGAUGCACCUGUUCAUGGGCAACAACAUGAUCUCCCGGGUAUCGCCGAGCGCAUUCCGCAGUUUGCUCGAGCUGCUGACCUUGGACCUGAGCAUGAACGAGCUGGAGCUGCUGCCUCAAGAGAGAUUAAAGGGACUGGAACAUCUCCGGAUACUUAAUCUCACGCACAACCGGCUGAAAGAACUCGAGGAUUUCCCGCCCGAUCUGAAGGCCCUACAAGUGCUCGAUCUGUCGUAUAAUCAGAUCGGCGGUGUGGGGAAGAGCACGUUCCAGCAUCUCGAGAACCUCGCGGAACUUCAUCUCUACGGCAACUGGAUAUCCUCCAUUUCCCCGGACGCGUUCAAACCCUUGAAGAAACUGAGAAUUCUCGAUCUGAGUAGGAAUUAUUUAGAAAAUCUGCCGCUGAAUGCCUUCCGACCGCUGGAGACGCAAAUACGAAGUCUUCGUGCCGAAGAGAACCCAUUGCACUGCGGUUGCGAGUCUCAAGAGCUCUGGGAGUGGCUGCGUGAUCAUCAGAAGCUGGUGGGCGGUGGCGUAACACGAAAUCGAGGGGGUGGAUUGCGAAUGAACGACAUGGACAACGGAUUACUCAGGUGCCAACAGCCGCCGGAAUUACGUGGGCUGGUGUUCCUAGAGCUGGACCCGCACGCUUUCUGUUCCGCGCCCCUCGUCUUGAAGCUCGCCAUUCAGGACAUUCAACCGUUCUCGGUUCUGGUAUCUUGGCAGAGUAGAAAUCACUCUGGCAUCCGUGGUUACCAGGUGGCAUAUCACACCAUAGAAAACAUCGAAGAGAUCCGAGCGAAGAUUCUGGAGCCGAAUUCACGUUCGACGAAACUGUCGAAGCUCUCUCCAAACACCCGGUAUUUGAUCUGCGUGUUUGGCUUGGGCAACUGGAUGAGCCAACGUCUCGAAGAAGACACGGUGGAUCAAUUUAACUUCUCGAACCACGAGACGUUCGAGUCGUCGUCGUCGGAUAUGCAAAUGACAGACUCGUCUACGAGCCGGUGCACCGAGGUGAAGACUUUGGAGGCACCGGACGCGGUAAUCAGCAGCGACGGUUCGUCGAUGGGUGACGUCGGUAGCGUCAGCAAUUUCCUGACGAGACGUUUAGGGCUGAUAGUUGGCUGCUGCAUGGGAUUCGUUGUGUUCUUGCUGCUCGUGUCCGUCCUCGGCUAUCUCAAGGUGAAGAAACAGAGAGAGACGGUGAAGAGGGAGCAGCCGAUCCCUCCGGAGUACAUUUCCUACAGGCAUUUCAGCAUACAGAGCGGCGAGGCUGGACACGCGGCCAGACAGGCCAGCCAAGACGGUCAACACUCGAAUUUCAUCAACAGUAUGGGCAACACUAACCUGAAUGUAUGAGACAAGUUAAAAAACUCCCGAGGCGUGGAGGUUUCGAACGUUUGAGCAAACUCGGACGGAUUUUCAUUCCAUCCUGGAGUCUACCCCGUCAAACGCGAAAACCUCCCGGCUCGCGGCAGUUUUUUUCAUC